GACGGGACCGAGGAGGCGCGAGAGGAGGCGCCGUCCCCGCUGCACAGGGCGGGUCUGAGGCUCGGCGACGCCACCCGGGGGACCCGCGCCAGGGCCGGGACAGGGACCGCUGUCCCCGGGUUCCCGCCGCUCCCGGCCCCGCCCCGCCCCCAGAGUCCGAUGGCGGCGGCCGCGCGGAGGGAGCCGGCUCAGGGCUGUGUGACCUUUGAAGAUGUGGCCAUUUACUUCUCCCAGGAGGAGUGGAGGCUCCUUGAUGAGGCACAGAGGUUCCUGUACCAUGAUGUGAUGCUGGAGAACUUUGCACUUACAACAUCCCUGGAUUGUUGGUGUGGAGCAGAGGAUGAGGAGGUGCUUUCUGAGGAAAAUAUUUCUGUACAAGGAGUGUCACAGGUCAGGACUUCUAAGGCAGGUUCAUUGGCUCAGAUGACUCACCCCUGUGAAAAGUGUGUCCCAGUGUUGAAAGACAUUUUGCACCUCACUGAGCUCCAAACAACAUAUCCUGGGCAGAAACUAUACUUGGAUGGGGCAUCCAGAGGUUUCUGGAUCCGUGCAAACUUUCACCAAAACCAAAAACAUGACAGUGGAGAGAAAAUCUUCAAAAUGGGCAUGGACCUCGCCUCGUUUGUGACGAGCUGCAGAUUCCAUGUGUCAGGGAAGCCCUUCACCUCUGGGGUGGGUGGAAAGGACUUUGUACCUACCUCAGGCCUUCUCGAACACCAGGACACUCCCAACAGUGAGAAGCCACAUAGUAGCAUUGAAUGUAGGGAGCCCGUUAACAGUGGAAAAAGUCAUGACAAGUGGAUUGAAUGCAGGGAAGUUUUCAGCAACACAGACACACUUCAUCACCACAGAGUCUGCACUGGAGAAGGUCUUGAUAAGUGUAGCAAAUGUGGGAAAGCCUUCAGCUGCAAAUACAGACUUGUUCAGCACCAGCAAAUUCAUAUUAGAGAACGGCCUUAUGAGUGUGCUGAAUGUGGGAAAUUGUUUAGCCGCAAAACCCACCUCAUUCGACACUGGAGAGUUCACACUGGAGCAAAACCUUAUGAAUGCAUUGAAUGUGGGAGAUCUUUUAGCCAGAAAUCUGACCUCAUUCAACACCAAAGAGUUCACACUGGUGAAAGACCUUAUGAGUGCAGUGAAUGUGGGAAAUCCUUUAUCCAGAAGUCCAUCCUCAUUAAACACCAGAGAGUUCACACUAAUGAAAGACCUUAUAAAUGCAGUGACUGUGGGAAAUCAUUUAGCCAAAGUUCUGGCCUCCUUCGACACAAGAGAGCUCACACGAGAACAAGGCCAUAUGAAUGCACUGAAUGUGGGAAAUCGUUUAGCUGUAAAACUCACCUCAUUCGACACUGGAGAGUUCACACUGGAAUAAGACCUUAUGAGUGCAUUGAGUGUGGGAAAUCUUUUAGUGAGAAAUCUGUCCUCAUUCAACACCAAAGAGUUCACACUGGAGAAAGGCCUUAUGAGUGUGCUGAAUGUGGGAAAUACUUUAGCCAGAAAUCUGUCCUCAUUCAACACCAAAGAGUUCACACUGGAGAAAGGCCUUAUGAGUGCAGUGAAUGUGGGAAAUCCUUUAGCCGCAAAACCCACCUCAUCCGACACCGGACAGUUCACACUGGAGCAAGGCCUUAUGAGUGCAAUGAAUGUGGGAAAUCCUUUAGCCAGAGCUCUGGCCUCCUUCGACAUAGGAGAGCUCACAUGUAGUGAUGUGAGAAAUCAUUCACUUGCAAGUCUGACCUCAGCCAACACCAAAGAGUUCACUCUGGAGAAAAGCCU